AUGGCGUCUCAUGCUCACCACCCAAUUCUCCCAUGCGCGUUUUUAUUAGUGAUUAUCUGUUGUUCUUUUGGCGUCAAUGUCUCAGGCGCCACCAAUUUCUCUAUCGCUGAAGCAACAGUGGCAGAGCUGCAGGCGGCUUUCAAGCAGAACAUUCUCAACUCUACAACACUUGUCGAAUACUAUCUCUCCCAGAUCCUUUCUCUAAACUCAAAGAUUCGGGGAUUGAUUGAGGUGAACCCAGAUUUGCUCUACCUGGCUCAGCUUGCCGACGAGCAACGGAAGGCUGGGGUUCCACCAUCUGGGACAGGGUUGCAUGGCAUCCCAGUACUGCUCAAGGACAACAUAUCCACUCAGGAUAAGCUCAACACCACUGCUGGCUCCUUUGCAUUGCUUGGUUCUGUCGUCCCUCGUGAUGCCGGUGUGGCGAAAAAGUUGAGAGCCGCCGGUGCCAUCAUACUGGGAAAGGCCGCACUUAGCGAGUGGGCUCAUUACCGUUCUGCUAAUGGACCCAAUGGUUGGAGCGCUCGAGGUGGUCAAGUACUGAAUCCAUAUGUAAUGUCGGCCGAUCCAUGUGGGUCAAGCACCGGAUCAGCAAUAUCAGUGGCAACAAAUAUGGCGGCAGUAUCACUAGGAACAGAGACAGACGGUUCAAUCCUCUGCCCAGCCUAUUCAAACUCAGUUGUUGGAAUCAAACCCACUCUUGGACUCACUAGCCGAGCUGGGGUUGUUCCCAUUAGUCCCAGGCAGGACACAGUGGGGCCAAUCUGCCGCACAGUGUCAGAUGCAGCAUAUGUACUAGAUGCAAUUGCAGGCUAUGACCCUUACGACACCGCAACUUCAACUGCAUCAGAAUUCAUUCCUCCCGGUGGAUAUGUGCAAUUCUUGAAUGCAAGUGGACUUAAAGGGAAGAGACUGGGAAUAGUAAGAAACCCAUUCUUCAACUUCACCACUGCCACCUCUUACAUGACUCAAGCUUUCCAAAUGCAUUUCCAAACCCUAAGCCAAUUUGGUGCAAUUUUGGUGGACAAUUUGCAAAUAGCCAACAUUAGUGCGAUAUUGAAUUCAAGUCAAAGUGGUGAAUCAUAUGCAUUGUCGGCCGAGUUUAAGAUCGCCUUGAAUAAUUACUUAUCAGGGUUGGUUGCUUCUCCAAUCAGAACACUCGCAGAUGCAAUAGCCUUCAACAAUAACUACUCUACCUUGGAAAUGAUUCCACAAUACGGCCAAUCCCUCUUUUUAUUAGCUGAGAAUUCUACAGGUACUAGUGAUCCUUUAUAUAAAGCGGCACUAGCAAAUAUGCUGAGCUUGACAGAAAAUGGGUUUGUGAAGCUAAUGAUGGAUAAUAAUUUGGAUGCAUUAAUUACUCCCAACUCUGGUGUUACUCCAAUGCUAGCAAUUGGGGGAUUUCCAGGAAUUAGUGUUCCAGCAGGGUAUGCACCAAAUGGGGCACCAUUUGGUAUCUGUUUUAGUGGGUUGCAAGGUUAUGAGCCAAGGUUGAUUGAGAUUUCUUAUGGCUUUGAACAAGCUACAAAGAUUAGGAAGCCUCCAUCAUUCCUUGUGUGAGAUUUCUUCUAAAGGAGCACUCUCUUUUUAAUAAUGAUGGAUAUAUAGAUUCGAUUUGUAAUGGAUAUAUAGUGGGUUGCAGGGUUAUUGAGUAUAAUG